CCACGUCUUGGCUUGCCGACAUAACGCAAGAGGAUCCCGGUUUCAUCGAAUGAAGUGGGUAAGCCGGGCAGGUACAUCCUCCGUACGCGCACGUCGCACACAGCGAGACAAGAGACCCAUUGAUAGUGGAUUUAUCGUGCUUCCUGGACGCUGCAACGUUCCACAUGAUGACUCUGGCGCCCUCGCGGCUAGCACAUCCAGAACAACACCGUCAGACGUGCGCUGAACCCCUCCUCUAGCCGAUCAGCAGGUCUGCUAGUCCACCAGUCGCGACUGCCGCAUCGCCCCGUCAAGCCAGCCUCAGAUCUUCAUGACAGGGGAGGGAGCACACCCCGCCCAGUCUCCGACCACAGUCACAACACGUACAGAGGAAUUCGAGCUCGUAAACUACCCUACUGCCGAGCAGCGACACACAGACGCUGCACAAGAGCGCCAGCGCAGGUACGACAUCAAGCGGGCUGAGAAGCGCAGGUGGCUCGAGGAGCAGGACGACAUGAAGUUCUCCCAUAGCAUCCAGUUCAACGCCGUUCCGGACUGGAGCAACCACUACAUUGCGUACAGCAAUCUCAAGAAGCUCAUCUACCAGCUCGAGAAGGCCAUUCAUCUGCCUCCUGGCGACGCAGAGUCUCGCCCGCUGAUCCAGAAUGACGACCCUGAAACCAUCUUCAGCCGCGCCCUUGAUGUGGAGUUGGAGAAGAUAACGUCCUUCUACGUUCUCAAAGAAAAAGAGUUGUUCGAUGAGGUGGAUUUGCUACUGAACGACGUGGCUAGUUUCGAGGAAGAGUCGGGAGGCGCUGAGCAACUCCGUCCGCCUACGCGGUCCAGCGAAAGAGCCCACUCUGAGCGACUCAGGAGCCAGAGCGCACGCAGCAGGCUUUCUACUGAGGACGGCCAGGACGAGGACAGCGAUGAUGAAGGCGACGAGGAAACCGGCCUCACAACCAAGAGGCGGAGGUCCAGCUUUGGAAGGCGUAGAACGAUUCCGAACGCCAUGAUGGCGUCCACCGACAUGACGGCAUCGACUGACCUCACCCGGUCUCUGCGGAGGUAUAGCACGACCUACGACGACUACGCCGAGCAAGCCGUGCUGUUUUCAUCGGGCAUCAUGCUUAAGAAGCGAAUGAUCAAUAUCUAUGUCCAACUCUGUGAGCUCAAAUCGUACAUUCAACUGAACCGGACUGGCUUCAGCAAGGUCCUUAAGAAGUUUGACAAGAUCAUCGACCGCCAACUGCGUCCCAAGUAUAUGAACACUUUCGUCGACACGGCCCAUCCCUUCCGCUCCGAGACCACUAAAGGACUGGAAGAGAAGAUCUCCAAGAUAGUGGCCGUUUAUACGGAAAUCGUCACACAGGGCGAUGCCGAUUCAGCAGUCCGGGACUUGAGAUCGCACUUGAGAGAGCACGUCGUAUGGGAGCGGAAUACCGUUUGGAGAGAAUUGAUUGGCAUGGAACGCAGAGCUGAGGCUGCCAGCUUGGGCCACACGCUCCUUGGGCUAGACAGCGAUCCCCAAAAGACAUUGCUCCAAGGAGACAGUACAGUUGCUCUGCCGAGCAAGGUGAUCUCGACGCCACUGGGCCGCUUUGCUUGCCCGACCUGGCUUUUCAACUCUGCCACCUUCUCGCUUGUCGUCAUUCUUGCGCUGUUUGCCGCGCUCCUCGUGGUUCCGAUAAUGGAGAAGCCUGAGCAGCAAAAUUGCCUGGCUCUGCUGGUCUUUACCAGCUUGCUUUGGGCCACCGAGGCAAUUCCCCUUUUCGUGACCUCGCUCACUAUUCCCUUCCUGUGUGUCGUAUUGCAGGUCUUCCGCGACAAGGAGGAGCCCUACAAGAGGCUAGGCGCCAAGGAGGCUACGGACGCCGUCUUCGCCGCCAUGUGGACGCCUGUCAUCAUGCUGCUCCUGGGUGGCUUCACGCUGGCGGCGGCGCUUUCGAAAUGCAACAUUGACAAGAGGAUCGCCACCUUCGUCCUGAGCAAAGCCGGGACAGAGCCAAAGACAGUCCUCAUCGCAAACAUGGCCGUGGCUGCCGUGGCAAGCAUGCUGAUCAGCAAUGUUGCCGCUCCGGUCCUCUGCUUUGGUAUCAUUGAGCCUAUGCUCCGCAACCUCCCGGCCGGUUCCAACAUGUCCAAAGCCAUCAUCAUCGGCAUCGCUCUUGCCUCUAACAUUGGCGGCAUGCUCUCGCCUAUCGCGUCCCCGCAAAACGUGGUCGCCAUCGGCAUCAUGGAGCCCGAGCCGACAUGGGGCCAGUGGUUCUUCAUCGUCAUCCCCGUUGGCGUCAUCUCCAUCUUCCUCAUCUGGCUUUUGCUGGUCGUAUCCUUCCAGCCCGGCAAGGGCACCGUCAUUGUGCCCAUCCGCCCCGUCCGCGACCCCUUCACCGGCGUCCAAUGGUUCGUCUCCAUCGUGACCGUGGUGACCAUCGGCCUGUGGUGUGCGUCCCACGCCCUCGAGAGCGUCUUUGGCAACAUGGGCGUCAUCGCCAUCAUCCCCAUCGUGCUCUUCUUUGGCCUCGGCAUCCUGACCAAGGAGGACUUCAACAAUUUUCCAUGGACCAUCAUCAUCCUUGCCGCCGGCGGCCUGUCCCUCGGCAAGGCGGUCAACUCGUCGGGCCUGCUACACGCCGUCACCGAGGCCAUCACGGAGCGGGUGCGCGAGCUUAGUCUGUACGGCAUCCUGGUGGUGUUUUCGACCCUGAUCCUCGUCAUUGCCACCUUCAUCAGCCACACGGUCGCCGCCAUGAUCAUCCUGCCACUGGUCUAUGACGUGGGCAAGGGCCUGGAGGAGCCGCACCCGAACCUGCUGGUCAUGGCCGGGGUGUUGAUGUGCAGUGCCGCCAUGGCCCUGCCUACCAGUGGCUUUCCGAAUAUGACCGCUAUCAUGAAGGAAGAUCCCGCCGGCCAGAGAUACCUCAAGGUCAAGCACUUCAUCAGCCGGGGAGUGCCGAGCAGCUUGCUCACUCUUGUGGUUGUUGUCACGGUUGGGUAUGCCGCCAUGAGGGUGACGGGUAUGUAAUACUGAUCAAGACGGCGGCUUAUUAUGUGAGAGUGGGAAAGAACUGGAUCAAGGAUACAGCUACACUAUAUAUUUGCAAUGGAUUGCGAGAGCAGUUUUGUUUAGAGCCUGAGACGGUAUUUUGCAGAGAGCGUAUGGUGCGCUGGGUUUUCAUUUAUACAGGCAUGGAGCAAGUCAAGACGUUGGGAUGCCGGGUGUCAAACGCAGCGAGACUGCUGAGAUAUAUACCACGGUUAGGUAAUUGAUGGGGAUAAGGCCAACUCUUCUCAUGACAGGCCGCCCUAUCUUCUGUAUAAUAUGCGGCUGCAAGCUUCAAGCCUUCCUUCCCAAGACGGUCAACCGACAAUGUUUCAAGAUGGAGAAAUUCAGGUCUCAUUUGCCCACAUCAACCUCCAUUAGAUGUAUGUAAAGCUUCGCUUCAUCCUUCCUACCAAAA